UCGGCAGCCCCCUUUCUCUCUCCCUCAAGGCGGUGACUCUGCUGUCAAUUCCUCGGCUUUGUUAACAUCCUACGAUCCCAUUCGUGCGCCGGCGUCAUCCCGAAUUACGAUUUUGCCCCUACUACGGCCCUGAAUUGCGAGGGUAAAUACGUAAUUUGCGUGGGGUUGUUGUUGGAAAAAAAAAAAUCGAGUUCCAGAGAGAGGAAAAUAAUUUUUCCGAUGAUUUCUGCUCGGAAGUGGUUAGCUUCUCCAUCUCUGUUAGCUCCGAUUCCACUACCACGACCAAGAGAGACCCAUUUUUGGUAUAUUGUACCUGAUGAGGUGCAACAACCAUCCCUCUUGAAUCAAUAUAUGGAUCUGCUAUCAACCAGUGAAAGAGAUGAUGUUUCUUGCAUGAAAGACGACAAGCUUCGGAAAAGGGCGCUGCUAGCUCGUGUCUUGGUGCGAUCUACACUUGCAAGAUAUACAAAUCAGCAACUUCAUCCAAGAUCGUUGAACUUCAGGAAGAAUAAUUAUGGGAAGCCAGAGGUAGAGUGGCAACACUUUGAUAAUUGGGACCCGCCAGCCUUGCAUUUCAAUCUCUCACAUACCUCUUCCUUGAUUGCGUGUGGCGUAGCUGUGGAUGUGCCUAUUGGCAUUGAUGUAGAAGAAAAGCAACGGAAAUUAAGGAACAAUAUCUUGUCUUUUGCUCGACGUUACUUCUCUCGCCAUGAAGUGGAUUACUUGCAAGCUUUCUCAGACCCUGAGAUUCAACGGCAAGAGUUCAUUAAAUUAUGGACCCUCAAGCGCAGCUCUCGUUCUAAUCAAAUGGGCUGGAUAGCGAUCAUUUUGCCAGCAUUUAUCAUCUGGGAGAUUUGGAAGGAGCUAAACACAAGAAGAUUUGAAGUUCCAUCAAUCAAAAAAUCUUGCAAAUUCUGCAAAUUCCAUUGGCUCCAAUCAAAACUAAGAAGGUCAUUGUUACUGUGUGUAUGACAACUCAGCAACACCGGCUUAUUUGCAUGAUCAUUCUAAAUAGGUGCUGCUCCCACUUCGAAAGUGCUUCAGACUCAUGUUUCUGCUCCUGCUUCCUACCAGUUUAUAUUUGAAACCAUUUUGAAACGGAUGCAUCCCUGCUCCAGCACCCAAAUUUGUUGACGCUUCGCUUCAUGCUUCGUCCAAGUAUAAAAACUGGUUCAAAUUGAAUGUCAAUGGCACCUCUGGAGGGGAUCUCAGCCGUGCAGGAGAUGGAGGGAUUCUUCGAAAUCACAAAGGAGAAUGUGUUUUCACAAAGGAGAAUGUGUUUUAGCUUUGAGAAUUAUUACAAGGGGAAUUUGAAUAGUGUGGCUAACAUUUGGGAUUUGAUAGAUGGUAUUCAGCAUUGCUUGGAGAGGCUUUCAUAGCCUUUGUGUAGAAUGUGAGUCUAAGCAUAUUGUGGAAAAUGACAGAGGAGAGGUAGGAUCCCAUGGUUGAUUUGGUGUUGGCGGGUUCAUUCUUAUUAAUACCAUGGAUGUUGCUAUUUCUGAUAUUUGUAUAGAAGGGAAUCAUGUAGCUGAUGGAUGAGCAAAUUAUUUGUUUUCUUUGUCAAUUUUGAUCAAAUGAAGCCGAGUUCUCUGUUCUUAACGAAUAGGGAGAACUUCCCUGUUUGUACCUAAUCUGUACAUGUGGGGCCCAUAAUUGGUUUACCCGAGCCAUUGAUCUGAUGUCCCCAUCAUAGAUGAACCAUGACCAAAAACUCUUCCAACUUGGAAGAUCCUAACAAUCAAAUCUUUGUAUUUUUCCUUUGAGUGUGGGCUGUUGGUUAUUUCAUUUUAACCAUCUAUAUGCAUGCCAACCAUGGGAUGGUUGGAUGCGUCCAAAUGAAGAGAUUUUUUUGGGAAUGGUGGGAACCAAACCAACAGAUCAAUGGAUUGGAUAAACCAAUUACAGGCCCCACAUUUACAGAUUAGUUACUGAAUAAGGAAGUUCCCUGUUCACUAUGAACAGGGAACUCACCCUGAUAAAUUUGUAGGUGGUAUGCUCCCACAUUUUUCUAAAACAAGGAACAUGGCAUUGAUACUACAAUGCCAGCUACAUUUCACAUCUUCAAUCUCUCUUAUGUCCAACCUAACUUUAUACUCUUGAUGUCAUCACCUGAGUUUAAUGUCUGAAUUUCUUCAAGUUUAUAGGAUGUUUAGUCAAUUCAUGUAACGUCUAGCUGGAGGGAAUUUUAUAAUUCACCUUUCUUUUUCCUUGUUCUUUUUCUUCUUUCUUUCUUUCUUUAUUUUUCUUUUUCUUUUUAUUUUUAUUUUUGAUUAUUCAAAUUCCAGCAUGUUUUAGGAGCAAGUCCAGCAUCUGAGUGCAAGCCAAAGCAUUAAUGGCGUGUUUGGUUGCCACUUAAAAAAGAGUUCAUCUUGUUUUAGAUGACCAUAAUAAUGUGUUAGAGGUCAUGCUUUAUAUUGAUGGUUGGUUAUUAGUUUUUAAUCCCUGCUAAAAAAUUCAUCUCUAUAAUUACGGUUAACUAAAACAAGAUAGGCUCAUUUUUAAAGUGGCAAC